AUGGAGGAAGAUCUGAAUAUCAGUUCGACAUACAUCGAGCCAGAAAAAAUGGACCGUUUUGUGAAAGAGCACGUCGACCAGCAGCCAGGACUAAAUGGAGAGCACAGAGACGAAACCUUUGCCAGUUUGACGCAGAUCUGGAUAGAUCUAGGUUUCGACAGAGAAGCGAUCGAACAGCGAAUAAGAACGGCAAACAAGCACGUUUCGCAGCUGUUUGAUCAGAUGAAAAUUGAGGAGCAGGAUGUUCUGGAGACGAUGAAAGCCGACCUGGCGAAGUCGUUUGCGACCAUCCGCGAGCUGAACGAGGAGCUGGGCAGGCCACCCUUCAGAUACGAUGGACCGCCGCAGCUCGUCGCGAAGGCUGAAAUUGUGCAGGUGGAGCUGGAGAAGCUCGAGAGACAGAAGGAGACGGCGAUGAUUGAGCUUCAUCGAUUGAAAAAUAUCGAAGAAAAGCUCUGUGAGCAACUAGAGUACGCAAGCGUACCAGUCUCGCUGAAAGUCGUCCCAAAAGUUCACGAUCUCGAGCAGAUCAAGCAAAACAUUCACAUGAUGGAAAAGCUCGUCCAAGCUCGACUUGACCAGUUCAGAAGACUCAAAUACGCGAUCACCUCUGCUUUCGAUCUCCUUGGCGAGGCGCCGAAAGAAGUCUGGCUGCAAGACAUUCUCGAAGCCGGCGAAGAUCCAUUUGUCGUGCUCAAGGAGAAUGUGAACACGAAAAUGGAAGCGAGGAAGAAAACGAUUGAAGCGAAACGAGAUCAGAGACAAGAGAGGAAAGACACUCUCGAGGAUAGACUCGUUAGAUUGGCAACUCGACUUGAGAAAGAGCAGCGAUACGUCGACCAAUUCAAGCGUCACGAUCUGAGCUCUAGCUGGCUCGAAAGACUCCAGCAAGAGCUCAAUAGUUUGGAAGCGGAGAAAAAGAGCAAGCUCAAGGAGCUGGUCGAGUCCUGCCGCGAAGAUAUCGCAACGCUGUGGGAGAAGAUGUACUUCAGCCAGGAUCAGCGUGAGUCUUUCAACGAAUACUACUCGGAAAACUACAACGAGCAGUUGUUGGAUGACCACGAAAGCAUGGUUCGACAACUAGAGGAGGAAUUUUCACAGCAUGCGAACAUGUUCAAAGGCGUUGACCAAUGGAAUGAGCUUUUCCAAAAGUACCGCGUAAUGGACGCAGAGGACAAAGAUCCCAAUCGCUUCAAAAACAACCGCGGCGGAGCUCUUCUCAAAAAGCAGAAAGAGUUCAAAAAGGUCAAGAUCCAGCUCACCACGCUAGAGAACCAAUUGAAAGCGGACAUCAACGAGUGGGAGAAGGAUAACGAGAAAGAAUUCCAAGUCGAUGGCGUUGGAUUCAAAAAGUAUAUCGAGACGCAGUGGGACGCAGUGUGCGAGUCUAAAAAUAUGGAAAGGCUAGAGAGAAAUCAAAAGAAAAAAAUUGAACUAGCCAGAGAAAUGACGUACGGAACAACUCCUACGAAACGAACGGCCUUUGGUUCCACAAUGAGCCUCGCUGAUACAAAGCGCUCAAGAAUCGACAUCACUGCGCAGUCGAAGUUCUCCAGGAUUCCAAAUAUUCCUCCUUUUCGACGACCAUUUGGAGCUCCAGCUCGCCCAGCUCAGAAUGAACAGCCUCCUCAAGAACAACGUCUAACCAAAAAGUCCAGACGCAGAUCAAAGUCCGCUUCGAACAUUCUCCAACCAUAUUCCAAGGUUUUCUCCAAAGUAACUUCUCGGAUCAACACAUUCCGGACGCCUCAGCCAGUAAGAGGAGGUCCAUCGAGGAUUCCUCUUGCACAGCGAGGUGCCAAAACGGAGGUAAAACCGAAGAAGAAGCUGUUUUCGGAGAAUGAGCGAAUUGAAGUCGAGCAGCAAAACGAUAGAAUCUGUCAACCGAUUCUUGAAGACAAAGAAAACGAUUCGAACGCUUCCCUCGAGUUCGAAAGCGCCGAAAAUCUUCCCUUUGGCGGACCCACAUCGAUCAAAUCAGCUCCUCACUUCGACGAAGGGCCGCCACCAAGUUACGAAGAGUUCGGCGAAAAUCUUGGAAGUCGUCGUCACAUCCGAAGCUCUGCGAUCGGUUACGGCUUCAGCUACGAGAUCUAA